UUGGGAAUCAAACCCAACAUAGCCUCGGCAGCCGCGCUAGCGGCGCGGUGCCUAUUUCGGCUGAGUCAUCGUGGUGAGCGGCGCAGCGGAGCGCGGUGUGGCGAGGGGGGCGACGGAGCGAGAGGGGCGACGGAGCGAGAGGGGCGACGGAGCGAGUGGGGCAUAAAAGGUCUUGCGCAGCGAGAGGGGCAUAGAACAUCUUGCGCUCUCGGACUCCACCGGACGACGGUCGACACUCGUUAAUUUAAAUUCAUUUUGUUUGUCCGGGAUUAUCCAAACUUGUAAUUGGGAAGCGAAUAAACCGCGCCUAUCAACAGCAUACAGUCCACUUAUUUUAACAUCCCGUAGUGGUGCGAACAUGGUCCUUUGUGGAACUCGCCAGCCUAGUUACGAGGUUUGAAGAAUUCGGGAUCAUCUUACUACUUCGGUCUCGAAGCCCUUUUCAUCUGCGGUCUUCAGCAGCGACAGUUCCUGCAGGAGUCAUCAAUAUCCUGACGAAGACUAUUCGCAACGCAACCGCAUACAUAAGUUUCGAGAAACGGAGAAUUGACCGUUGGACGGACUUUGGACCCAUCGAAAGUGACAAGUCAUCUUCAAAGACAAAGAAGGACGAAAAAUUGCAGAUCAUCGUUUAUCCUGUGUAUGGUUUAGACAUUCUGUGAGUUCGUUCCAAUUAUUUCCUUUCUUUUUUCACUAGUUUAUGUUUAAAAAGCAAUAUUUAGUGAGUUCUUUCCAUAUUUUUUUCAAUUACGUUUGUAAUUCUUCAUUUCAAAGCCAUAUAUUUCCGUACAUUCACUGCUUCUGCUUACAAAGCUUAUUCAUCUUUUCAAAUACAUCUAAAUAAGACAUACUUGCAGUGUCUUAUCUAUAACAGCUGUCAGGGUCAUUAGCCGUGCAACAGGUGAUCUAUUGUUCUCGGCGUCAAGUCGUUAGUGCAUCGUAUAUUUUUUGCGCAUGUUUUUUGCUUAUACCUUGCUUGCAGAGUAACCGGUUUUUUACUGUCCGGUAUUAUUUAAACUUCAUUGCAAUCAGUUAUUUUCCAUCAACAUGGCUGACGAAAAGAUUGCUAAGUUAGUUAAACGACGUAGCUGUAUGAAGUCUAAAUUGACAGUAUUUGGUAACUACCUACAUACUUUAGAAAGUUGCAAUGAACUUAGCAGUUUACAGCUUUUAGACUUAGAAACAAGGUUCAACAGAUUUGGUAGCUUAUACGAUGAUUUCGACAAAUUACAGUGCGACAUCGAGAUGUUGUCGGAGGAACCCGACGAUGAAGGCGAGGAGCGUGAGCAGUUCGAGAAUCAGUACUACAAGCUCGUGGCGGCGGCGCGGAGACUACUCGGUGCUCGCCCUCACCAGUCUUCUCAACUUCCGGAUGAAUCCGUGGCGAGUUGCGGGGAUGGACGCUCAGGUGGUUUCAAAUCCAAUUGCGUUAGAUUGCCAAAAAUUAAUUUACCCUCUUUUCAUGGUCACUAUCAAAACUGGCUUGAGUUUAGGGACACUUAUUUGUCAUUGAUACAUUUAAGGUCAGACAUAGAUAACAUAAAUAAGCUGCACUAUCUGCGAGCUUCACUUAAAGGUAGUGCACUAUUAAUUAUUGAUAAUUUAGAUUUUAAAGCAGAAAAUUACGAGGCCGCUUGGAAUUUAUUGUGCAGUAGGUACGACAACAAAAGGUUACUCGUGAAUAAUCAUGUUCACGCAUUAUUUAAUGUUGAACACAUAAAACAUGAAUCAUGUUCAGCAAUACGCCAUCUUAUAGACGUAACUAAUAAAAAUUUACGUGCGUUGUCGACGUUGGAUCAACCAACUCAGUACUGGGACACGCUUAUCAUUCAUAUGAUGGCGGAGAAGUUAGAUAGUGUUACACAUAGGGAAUGGGAAGAACAUAGAAACACCUUAAAUAAUCCUCCAUCUUUAGAAAUUUUCAUAACUUUUCUUAGUAACAAAGCAGAUUUAUUGGAAACUUUACAAGAAAAUAAAAGUAAAACUAAAAUACACAAUAAAAAUUCAUUAGAUACAAUAAAAAAUCAUUACAAUCAACCUACAUCUACAAAAUACACUCAAAAUACAUAUUUACAAUAUAAUACAAAUAAAAAACAUAACAAUACAUAUAAAAAAUCCUUAACUUGCCCAAUGUGUAAUCAGAAUCAUUUCUUAUUCAGUUGUGAAGCAUUUAGAUCUCUUUCAAUUGAAGAACGUAGACAGAAGGCUAAAGAUGCUAAGGUAUGUCUCAAUUGUCUACGACCAGGGCAUAUUGAAACAAGAUGUAACCUAGUUCCUUGUAAAUAUUGCAAGAAAAAGCAUAGCACGCUGCUUCACAUGCAUGAGGCAGAAACUACCGUUCAACCAUCUCUUCCAGUUAGCAAUUUAGAUAGUUUUUCUAGCUCAACAGAUGUUCUGGACACGACUACUCCUCCGAUUGUUUUGCUUUCCACAGCGCUCGUGAGGGUGGUGGACAGCAAGGGCAACGUGCACACAGCUCGGGUACUGCUCGAUAAUGGCAGUACAGCCAACUUCGUGUCAGAAUUCCUUUGCGGAUUCUGAUGUAGACAUUGGGAAGAUCAACCGCCUGGAACGCUUCAAGAGAAUCGAAUGCAUUCGUCGACAUUUCUGGGACCGUUUUUCCCUAGAAUACGUGGCUCUUCUUCAGCAAAAAGUAAAAUGGCACUCGACAAAGACGGAGCUUAAGCUAGGCUCCCUCGUCUUGAUAAAGGAUAGAGCACUUCCUCCUUCAAUUUGGAGCCUAGGGCGAGUGACCAAAGUGUAUCCUGGCAGCGACGGCAUUUCCAGAGUCGCAGAGGUCCUAACGAAAAGGGGCACUGUCAGGAGGGCCUUUAAUAAUAUUUGUCCCCUUCCAGAGUCUUGAAGUCACUUCAACCCGGGGAGCAUGUUGGGAAUCAAACCCAACAUAGCCUCGGCAGCCGCGCUAGCGGCGCGGUGCCUAUUUCGGCUGAGUCAUCGUGGUGAGCGGCGCAGCGGAGCGCGGUGUGGCGAGGGGGGCGACGGAGCGAGAGGGGCGACGGAGCGAGAGGGGCGACGGAGCGAGUGGGGCAUAAAAGGUCUUGCGCAGCGAGAGGGGCAUAGAACAUCUUGCGCUCUCGGACUCCACCGGACGACGGUCGACACUCGUUAAUUUAAAUUCAUUUUGUUUGUCCGGGAUUAUCCAAACUUGUAAUUGGGAAGCGAAUAAACCGCGCCUAUCAACAGCA